AUGUCUUCUAACGAGAAUGAUAUUCAGGAUACUCCCUCAAAGAGAGGGGAGCAGGAGCAACAGAACUUGGUGAGCAGAGUGGCCAGUCUGCCCUUGGUCAGUGCUGCUUACGACAUGGUCUCCACCACUUACACUUCCAUCAAAGAGACCCAUCCUGUCAUCAGAUCCAUCUGUGAUGUGGCAGAGACUGGAGUGAGGACCAUCCCAUCUGCCACAGUCAGUGGGACCCAGCCCAUCCUGGACCAGCAAGAGCCUCAGGAACUGUUAGUAUCAGCCAGUGACUAUGCCUGCGAGAGCCUGGACAAACUGGAGGAGAAGCUGCCCAUCCUCCAACAGCCAGAUGACCAGGUGGCCUCUGAUGCCAAAGAGCUAGUAUCAUCCACACAGACAGAUGCCAAGGAUGCAGUCUGCAGCACGGUCACUGAGGCAAAGGAUGCAGUGACCAGCAUGGUGGGCGUGGCCAAAGGGGCUGUCCAGGAGAGCGUGGAGGUGACCAAACCAGCAGUGACCGGCAGCAUGAGCACAGUGAUGGGCUCCAGCAUGGGGCAGAUAAUCAUGAGCGGUGUUGACUUGGUACUUGAAACAUCUGAGUCAUUGGUGGAUCACUACCUCCCGAUGACGGAUGAGGAACUUGCUAAACUCGCAGUAUCCCUGGAGGGGCCUGGAGAGGCUCCCGCAGAGCAGCGGAGUUACUACGUGCGUCUGGGUUCCCUGUCGAGCACGCUGCGCCAGCGAGCCUACCAGCAUGCCCUGGGCAAGAUGAGACAAGCCAGGCAGCACACCCUGGAGGCCCUCUCCCAGCUCCAGCAAAUCAUUGACCUGAUGGAACAGGCCCUGGGUCAGAAGGCUCAUGAUGGGCAGGAGAAACUGCAGCAGAUAUGGCUGGAGUGUCGCAAGGGCCAGCCAGGAGGCAGUGAGGACAACGGCUCACCGCAGCCAGAGGAGAUGGUGGCCCAGGCUCUAGCCACUUCCCAUAACCUCAUCCUGCAGGUGUGGACCACCUGCCAUAGCCUCCUGACCAACAUCCAGGGUCUCCCUGCCACUCUCCAGGAGAAGGUCCAGCAAGCCUACCAGAACAUUGGAGAAGGAAGUCUGGAGCUCUCCCAUGUCCAAUCCCUCCAGGAGUUGUCUGAGGGUAUCCUGACCCAGACUCGGGAGAAGUUGGCCAAAGCCCAGGAGUCCCUGGAUGAGCUGCUGGAAUAUGUGGUGCAGAACACUCCCCUCACAUGGAUUGUGGGACCCUUUGCCCCUGCUGGAGACUCUACGGAGAAGGCAGAGGAACCGGCAGAGGCUGAGAAGGCAGAGGUGCCGGUGGAAGCCUGA